GGCUCCCGCGGGCUCCGCUUGGGCCGGGCCCGAGCCCUGCGGGGCUCCCCCGGGGGCACCGUCUCCCCCGACGGCCGCGGUGCGGGGCCAGAGCCCGGGUGUCCGCCGCCCCGGGACCGCGCCGCGCGCUCACAGGCGCUCCGGACGCCGCGGGGGGUGGGAGGGACGCGCGGAAGGGGGCGCCCUCCCGGGGCCGCGUUCCCGGCGCGCCCCGUACCACCCAGCGGCCGCGAGAACCCGGGGAAGGCCGCGCCCUGCUUUCGGGGUUUCUGCUGCGACAGUUUGGGGAGCCGCGGGUUGAGGAGGGGGCACCGAGAAUGCAGAGUGCUCCGAUGAGCGCCAGCUCCCUUCCGGCCUCCCCUCCACCGCCGCCGCCGCCCCGAGAUCACGCCCCUCGUCGCGCAACCUCGGCUGCCGUCGCCGGAAUCCCUGGUUUCUGUCCCGGAGGAGGCGCGAGGCGCAGGGCCGGCUGGAGGUUGGCACCGGCCGCGGCCCCAGCGCGCAGCACGCCCUCCGCACGGCGCUUCUCCGGAAGCCGAGGGAAGAGCCCUAGAGCGCGGACCCGACCCCAGCCGCACCCCGGGGUGUGUCUGCCACCCCAGGGCCCGAGCUGCCCCCCGGAGGCGCCCGGGGGCGGAGUGCGGGUGCCUGCCUUGGCCCUCCCGGCGCAGGGAUCUGGUCGCGCCGCGAGGUCGGUGGCCCGGAUGGGGGCAUGGAUGUUGGGGUCCUCUGAACCCCAGGCACGGGCCAGGCACGAGAAGCUCCCAGAACUGUGAGAGAAUAAAGUUUUGCCGUGUUGAGCCACCCAAUUUGUGGAAAUUUGUUACAGCAGCCCUAGGAAAUGAAUACAAAGAUAUUGCAAUUCCCACCUGUAAUUGUGGAUUUGUCUAUUUCUCCUUGCAAUUAUAUCAAUUUUUGUUUCAUGUAUCUUAAAGCUCUGUUUUUAGAUGAAUAAACAUAUAGGAUUGUUGUGUCCUUUUGAGAAACCAACACCUUUCUCCUUACGAAAUGACCUUCUUCACCCCGAUGACAUUUUUUUGUUACAGCUUUUUCUACCUUUUUACUUUUAGCCUAUUUGUGUCUUAUGUUUA